AUGUCGCAACAAACACCACUAGCAUACGCCGUCGCACAGUGGCUCCAGCAGUCGUCGACUAGCGUCCCCGCCGAUCAGAAGGCCAAGUUGCAACAAGCCGCGAAGAGUGUUUCGGAGGCCUUCGGCGUAGACACGUCAUCCGCAGAGCAGCAGGCACAGUACGGAUCUGGUCCCGGUCUCCAGGCCAUCUUUGACAUCUUCCUCAAGACACAAGCCAAGAUGGGUGCUGCGCCUGCACCCGCUGCUGCUUCCUCCUCUUCUACUGCACCCGCUGCUGCUGCAGCGACGCCGUCCGACGAGGACCUCGCCAAGGCAGAGCAGCUCAAGGCCGAGGGCAACAAGGCCAUGUCUGCCAAGGACUACGGCGCUGCCAUCGAGGCUUACGGAAAGGCCAUCGAGCUCAAUCCCAACUCACCCGUCUACUUUUCCAACCGUGCUGCUGCCUUUAGCCAAAUCGGCCAGCACGACUCGGCCAUAGAUGAUGCCAAGCAGGCUUCCAAGAUCGAUCCCAAAUUUGGCAAGGCGUACAGCCGACUCGGUCACGCACUCUUCAGCUCGGGCCGCUACCAAGAAGCUGUCGAGGCAUACCAGAAGGGUGUCGAGGUGGACCCUAGCAACGAAGUUCUCAAGAAAGGUCUUGCUGCAUCCAAGGAACAACUCUCUUCUUCAUCCUCUUCCAAUGCCAACGACGCCACCGCUUCUCGAGGCGCCGCAGACGCCGUUUCCGCGCCCUCGGCAGGCGCUGAUGCCGGUGCUGGCGCCGGUGGCUUCCCCAACUUUGGCGGCGGCGCCGGUGGCAUGCCCGAUCUGGCGGCCAUGAUGAACAACCCCAUGAUUGCUCAGAUGGCUCAGAACCUCAUGUCGAAUCCGGACAGCUUGGCGAGUCUGAUGAACAAUCCCAUGCUGCGUCAGGCUGCCGAGAGGUUUGGCAGCGGUGGCGGUAUGCCUGACAUGAGCUCGAUGAUGAACGACCCUGCAUUGAGGGAUAUGGCCAGGAACUUCAUGGGCGGUGCUGGCAGGGGCGCUGGCGGAAACGGUGGUAACAACAUGUAUGGUUAA